AUGUCCACCACAACAACCUCAACCGCCCCCUCCUCAACAUGCACGGGCCCAGCAAUGUACGAGCUCCCUAUCAAAGACGCCGCAUGCGGAGUCCCCAACAAGACGUCCUACAAAUCCCCCUUCGAGCGCUGCGCAUACCCGGCAGCCGUGCAAGCCUACCACUCCGACUGCGCCCUGUACGCGCCCGCCCUAGACCAGUCCGUCCAGGACCUCAUCGAUUGUCUCUACGGUGCGGAUGUUGCCUGGGAGGAUGUUUGGUGCACGGGCGGCACGAAUAGUACGGCGACGGGGACGUAUGAGACUGCGACGGUGUCGCCUACGGCGAAGGAGACGGCGAAGGAGACUUCGACGAAGGAUGCGGAUGGGGCGGAGGAGACGGGUUCGGGUUCGGGUUCGGGUGAUGAUGACGAUGAUACGAAUGGGGCUGUGGCGUCUAAAGGGCCUGGGCUUGUUGUGUGGGGUUUGUGUGGGUUGCUUCUUACGGGUGUUUUUGGGGGGUUGGUGUAG